AUGAGAAGACCAAUUUCACUCUACUUGCUGCAAGUUUCUUUGUCUAUCGCAAGUCCAAUAGCCAGUCCUAUUACUAUUCUCCACAAGGAACAUCCCCCAGGCACAACUCUCUUCUAUGUACAACUCAUUAUCUCAAUUUCCUUGGUUCUGUCUGGUGGCUUAUUUGCUGGUCUCACUCUCGGUAUCCUCUCCCUCGAUGACUUGAACUUGAAAGUCCUUGAAACUUCGGGCGAAUCUCAAACUGAAAGGGAUCACGCAAAGCGUUUAAUUAACCUUUUGUCUCUCGGUAGACAUUGGAUUCUCUCCGUUCUCCUCCUCUCCAACUCGGUCGUAAACGAAGCACUUCCAAUCUUCCUUGAUAGCAUCCUUGGCGGUGGUUAUUCUGCCAUUUUCAUUUCCACAGCUUCUAUCUUCAUGUUUGGAGAAAUAAUACCUCAGUCUAUCUGCGCCAGACACGGCUUAGCCAUCGGCUCCUUCUUCUCCCCUCUCGUCUUGAUCCUCUGUUACCUCACCUCUCCAAUCACAUACCCCCUCUCAAAACUCCUUGAUUUCAUUUUAGGCUCUCAGCACGACACUACUUACAAAAAGGCUGAACUCAAGUCUUUCUUGAAUCUACACAGAUAUGGCGUUGAGCCUUUACAAGACGACGAGAUCAAUAUCAUGGAGGCUUGCUUGUCACUUAAUGAGAAGAAAGUCAUGGACAUCAUGACCCCCAUUGAAGAUGUCUACAAAUUAUCAAGUGAUCAAGUUGUCGAUGGUGUUGUGAUUGACAAAAUCUUGCAUCACGGUUAUUCGAGAAUCCCGAUUCACACCCCUAACAAUCCUACACGCUUCAUUGGUAUGCUCCUAGUUAAGAAGCUCAUCAAAUAUGAUCCUGAAGAUAAGUGGCUUGUCAGUGACUUUGCGCUGUCCGUCUUGCCAGAAGCUCUACCAAACAUCAGCUGCUUCCAGGCCUUAGACUACUUCCAGACUGGUCGUGCCCACCUUCUCGUGAUUACUGAACACCCAGGUGAUCUUCAAGGCAGAGGUGUGCUUGGUGUUGCGACUCUCGAGGAUGUCCUGGAGGAGAUUCUUGGGGAAGAGAUUAUCGACGAGUCUGAUAGGAUUAUGGAUAAUAGAUCGAAAAGACGUGUCGUGCGCACCCACCAAUACAUCAAGGGUAUCUAUGAACGUCAGAAAGCAGUCAGGAGAGGCAGUUUACCAGAAUCGAGUACGAAGAGUACAAAUUCUAGAGCAGAAUCACCAGUCGCCAAUUUCAGGAAGAAGCAUGGCACGUCUACUCCAUCCACCAGCACAAUGGAGUAUGCACGUCCAUCUGCGACUGUGAUGGACAGCAGUCACCCUAUUAGUAGCACCAACACUAACACCAACACUAAUACUAACAGCACUGUGGCCAAUAUGUCAAACGAGGAUCUAGUGGAGAACCUCACUGACGAGAAUACAGCACUCAUUAAAAGUCCAGCUGCUAGACAUCCAACUAACAGUAGCAAUAGAGCGAAAUUCACAACUUCGGUUGUCGGUUCACCUACACACUCUGAAAGAGACAAUAACAACUAUGGAUCCGUUGCUUGA